GUACCAGGGACACUAGGAGAUCCGGUGCAAAUUCCAUCGCAACAUGUAAUUGAACUGGUUAUGUCACAGGAACCUCCAAUAGGAAUACAGGUAGGAGCACAAACGGUUGAAGUAGGUGUGCAAGUUACUGUUGUUGUUUGUUCGCAUUUAUCGCAAUUAUUAGGCACCUGUGUGUUAUCAGGACAAGCGCUCAAGGUAGGUGUUUCUGUUGAACAGGUUAUAGUGGAUGUUAUUGUUUCAGAACUAAUAUCAGUGAUAGUACAUGUUUUAAGGGAUUGCGGAUGA